AUGGCACUGUUGGCAAAGACAAUCGCAAUCACCGGGGCAGCGUCCGGCAUCGGACGCAUGACCACCAUCUGCCUCGCUGGACAGGGAGCGAAUCUUUCCAUCGCCGACCUGGACCUCGACAAGCUGCAAGAAGUGGCGGCCGAAGUGAUGCGACAGCAUCCCGAUUGCGCCGUCAUAUGCACGGCGCUUGAUGUCCGCCACGAACACGAGGUUGACGAGUGGAUUCGCCAGACGGUGCAGAGGUUCGGGCUUCUGGACGGCGCCGUCAACCUCGCUGGCGUGCUGCGACAAGGCCUGGUGAGCAACUUUGCCCUUGACGACUGGCGGCUGGUGCUCGAUGUCAACCUCACCGGGGUCUUUGUUUGCACCAAAGCCCAAGUUCGAUCCAUGAAUGACGGCGGCAGUAUCGUCAACGCCUCCAGCAGGGCAGGACUCCACGGCACGGCGAAUUACGCCGCCUACUGUGCCAGCAAGCACGGAGUCAUUGGCCUGACGAAGGCUGUCGCACAGGAAGUCGGAGCAAAGGGGAUUCGCGCCAACUGUAUCUGCCCAGGUGUCAUUGACACCCCCAUGACAGCCGCUUUUGAAGGCGUGCCCGCCGACCAGAUCAUCCAACGAAAAGGCCGACCGGACGAGAUCGCCUCCCUCAUAGCAUAUCUCCUUGGAGAUCAAAGCAGGUUCAUCACAGCCAGUGCAAUCACCAUCGACGGCGGUUUGCCGUGA